AUGGAGACGCAGCUGCGGGUUCCUAAGAGGCGCAGGACUGGAGGUGACGAGCGAUAUGUCAGGUAUUUCCUGCAGGGACUGACGAGAAGUGGGGCGAUACAGUAUGCCAAGGAUACCUUCUUGAAGCUUCAGCAAAAUCCAUCCGCAUCGUGCAGCCGGCGGAAGUGGGCUCAGUUUACCAACCCUCAGUGCUACUGUUACUGGGGUCCCGAGGAGGCCAGUCCCGAGAUCCCCGUCAAGCUACGCCAUCCCAGUUUUGCGCAGCUGCGAGAAGCUAUGGAGAUUACGCCAGACGAGGAGGACAUCUCCAUGGAAAGCUUUUUGUGGUCUCAAGUUUCAGCGGGCUUUGAGAACGACGACGACAUGAAGGAGAAGCUAGUGCACAGGCUGGAUCGGUAUCUAGGCGAACGCAUUCACAGGGAGAUCCGGCUAGAAAAUUGCCCUUGCGAUGGGAUCAUCAUAAGGAGGAAGGAGCCAAGGAUUCUCUUCGAGUUCAAGAGCGAACUGGGAGCUGGAGAUCCCUGCUUCGAGGUGCUCGGCUACAUUCGAAACUGGGUCUCCCAAGAAACCAAGGCUGGAAGAAAAGCCUCCUUCUACGGUCUGUGCGUUUCCGUAGUUUGCCCAUACAUCCAGGUGGCAGGCUACGUUUAUGACUCCGCGAGCGACACCAUCGAGAUGGAGCCAUUGACAGACAUUGUAUGCGUUUAUGGCCCACGACAGAACAGGGGAAGGGUGGCAAAACUCUUGCAUGGGAUCAAGGAAUUCCUCCGCUUGGAUCUGGCGACAGGAGGACCAGUGAAUCUACCGUAUCUGUUGUGGAAUUACAAGAAUGUCCAAGUGGUGGAUGCGGAGAGUCUGGUCUUCAAGUUUGAAGACCAUCAUGGGUGCAGGAAGAUUGCAAAGUUUGUUGUGUAUAACUCUUAUGGCGUAGAGGCACACCAUGCCUGGGCAGCUAAUGGCAUGGCACCUGCUCUUAUAGAGCUGAAAGCUGCCACGCCACCUUUCUAUAUGGCUGUUAUGGACUGCCUGGCUGAAGAGGAUGGGUGGAGGUCAUGUGUGGAUCUGGUGCGUGAUUGGAAACUUAAUAAUUCUAUGGACAAGGUGGCAAAGCUCCAAGACAUCGUGAAACAUAGAGUUCAGAAAUGCCAUGAUGACGGAUUCGUGCAUGGUGAUUUACGAUUAACUAAUUUGAUGUGCAAGGAAGAAGCUAAUGGGAAUUUGGAAGUGAAAGCAUUGGAUUUUGAUUGGUCUGGUGAAAAGGGAAAAGCUAUGUAUCCGACAAUAUUGAACGACAAGAUUAAGUGGCACCCUGAUGUCAAGUAUCGUGCACUGAUUCGUGCUGAGCAUGACUUGUGGUUUGUGGAUCGCCUUGUGGAACAGCUUGAUGAGCUCUUUAUCUCGGACAUGUAA